AUGGAGCAAAACCUACCAAUUAUCACAAAAAAGUUGUACAACAUGGUUAAACUAGCCAUCUUAAUGCUAAGAAAAGGUAUCUCCAAGAAGAAAUUACUCUUGGACCUCAACUUGAUGAUGAAGCGAGGAAAGACAGCCUUUACAACCAGCAAAGUCUCCACCACUCUAGGUGGUGGUGGUGUUGUUGGUUUCGACGUUCAACAAGAGUAUGAGUUUAGUUGUAGUAACACCCCUUUAUACCGUCAUUACUUCAACAACAAGAAGAAAAACCACUACUACAUGUCCUCACCAAAAUUCGAAGAUAUUGAUGAUAGCUUAGAAGCUAUUAGCAAGGUGUUGGAGACCAUGGUGCCUAGGAAAGAUCGUGGUGUCCGGCCUCUAAGGGUGACGGACUCUCCCUUUCCUUUGCAAAGUGAAGGAGAGUGUGGUAAUCAACGUGUGGAUGAAGCUGCUGAGGAGUUUAUUCAAAGGUUUUACUUGCAACUCAAGGAACAAAACUGCUAG